CUCACGCGGCACAUGCCUUUUGCUUGGAACUGUGUCGUGGCGUCACCAGCCCCUUCUCAUAGCUUGUCACGGAAGGACGGAUUUAGGUUAAAAAAGAGAAGUAUAUUUUCCUUCAUACUAUCGAUGUUACCCGUUUUGGAUGAAGAAAAAGUUUCUCGAUUUUCUGACAGCUUGAGAGUGUAGUCGUCCGGACUUAAGAAAUUAUAAUACUGUCUCUUCCUUCAAUCGCAAAUCUCGCUCUUCCAUUCUGCCAUUUUUCGAAUAAAAAUGGGGAAGGCAAAGACGGGGGCGAAAAGUGAAGCUGGAAAGAGUAGUCCGAAACGCGAAGAUGCGGAGGAUGAGUCCUCCGAAGGUCAAGGGAUGCUCCUGAAUUUGUAUGAGAGUCUUCAAACAGAGUUGAGAGAGGUUCGAGUACAUCUCCUGAAACUGGAAAUGGAGAGCCAUCUCCGAGAAUUGAAAUUUUAUGAGGACGUUUCAGCUUUAGAGAAAUUGGUGGAGGAACAGGGACUUCAUAUACACCAGUUAGAACAGCAGAAAAGCGCUCUAGGUGGAAGGAUAGUCGAUGGAAGCGAUAUACCCGAAAUAUCUUCAGCUCAAGUAUUUAGUUACCCUACCUUUGUACCUGAAGCGCCAAUCGAACCUGAAAGUGAAAAUAGAGUAUUUAAACCAGUCUUGGAAAACACGGUGUUUCUGACUGAAAGUAUUGUGAAGGAGGUGUUGCAUGCGAAGAGCCAGAGUCUCUCGCGUAAUAGCUUCUCUUCGCAGGAUGUGGAAGGGAGGAACCCAAAUUCUUUUGAUGUGCUCAGUUGUUUCGAGCUGGUUAUGGAAGGAACUUCAGGAGAUGUAGGAGGCGACAGGGUUACAUCGCCGCAGGUAGUGGAAACCAAGACAAAGGGAGUCAGGCCCGAAAGUGAACUCUUUGUCGAGACUCUAGAUACGGCUAGUCGGGAAGUAGGAAGUGAAAGUGAAUGUACUGUGAAGGCGCCGGAUUCCGCAAAAGAGGAUCUUGUUGAUUCCAACAUCUUCUUGAAGGAGAUGCUGGAAGUUGGGAGCAGUUCUGUGGGGAACGAUGAGAGUUCCUUAAUAGGGCCAAUUGACGAUGGUAGGGAUAUGGGGAGUAAAAGCAGCCAUCCAGGGGAAAUUGCCGAUAAUAUAGUCAGCGUUGUGGGUGAAACUAGCUGGACUUCUACGGAGGUGUUCUUACCAAAGGUGGAAGUAAUUUGGAGGAUAGAAAACUUCAGUCGUUCUGAUAGCGAGGUUAUUAAGUUUGUUGAGGACGUGUUAAACAAGCACGAGGUGAAUUGUUGCUCCUCGAGAACUGAAGAGGUAGAAGACUCUCGUGGAGAAGAAGAAAAUGUAGGAGAUGCAGUAGAAAUUGAUUCGCUUUGUGAUAAGCUCAAUGUGAACAUUUAUCCCGCUGAAGCAGAAAGACUGGAAAAGGAUCCUGAAGGCUCAGGAACUGUGACAGAAACUAUGGUGUUCACUGAGAAACCUAAUAUGGACUUCCAUGCAAUGACAGUCAAAAGGCUGGAAAAGGAACAAGAAGGACUAUACAGGAACAAAAUCAUCCUCUUACAUCCAAAGUAUCUCGAUCCCAGAGAUCUGAAGACACUAGCUGCUCUGGUAGAAAAGGGAGUGGCAACAAAGGAAAUGCGGCUCAUGGUUCGUGUUAUGCGGCACACUAUGGCCAUCAGGCGCCAGCUAACUGCUUCGACGCUUAUUUCAUUCUUGCAACAGACUCUACCGGCUGGUUCAGAGCCUUUGUUGCGUUUAGUUCCUUACUUAUCCAAGGAGGAGGAUAAAGACAUGGAUGUUGAUGCUCCAUCCCCUGCUGGGCAAACUCAAGCUCCUGCUAAGCAAACGCUCCUUCCAGAAGUAGAAAUAUAUGCUUACUUGUUAACACUCAUAUUUCUCAUCGAUCAAAAGCAGUACGAGGCGGCAAAAGCUUUGUCAGUUCUGGCGAUAAAGAGAGUGCAGAACUUCAAUCGCAGGACCUUGGAUGUGUUAGCAGCCCGGCUUUACUUCUACUUUUCCUACAGUUUUGAGCUAGCCGGUUGUCUAUCUCAGAUCCGCAGUUCAUUAUUAGCUCUCCAUCGCACUGCUACUUUGAGACACGAUGAACUGGGACAGGAAACUCUUCUCAACCUGCUCCUUCGCAAUUAUCUACACUACAAUCUGUAUGACCAAGCAGAGAAGCUCCGGUCGAAGACGCAGCGUGUGGAAUCACAUUCCAAUCAGCAGCUCUGCCGGUACCUAUAUUAUCUGGGAAGAAUAAGGACGAUUCAGCUUGAAUACACAGACUCCAAAGAAUGCCUACUUCAAGCAGCCAGGAAAGCUCCCAGCACUGCCCGCGGUUUCCGAAUUCAAUGCAACAAGUGGGCAGUGAUCGUACGACUCCUCCUUGGAGAAAUCCCUGAGCGCACCACGUUCAUGCAGCAAGGAAUGCAGAAACCUCUGAGGCCGUAUUUCGAGUUGACCAAUGCUGUUCGAAUUGGUGAUCUUGAGCUAUUCAGAUCAGUAGCUGAACGGAAUUCAAGCACCUUCCAUGCCGAUAAAACUCAAAACUUGAUUGUGCGGCUGCGGCACAAUGUCAUAAGAACUGGCCUGCGUAACAUUAGCAUUUCUUACUCUCGCAUUUCACUUGCAGACGUUGCUGCGAAGCUUCACCUUCAAUCUGCCACCGCAGUGGCUGAUGCCGAGAGUAUUGUGACCAAAGCUAUUCGCGAUGGUGGUAUUGAUGCUACUGUUGACCAUGCGAAUGGAUGGAUGCAGUCUAAGGAAACCGGUGAUAUCUACUCAACACAAGAACCGCAGACAGCUUUCCACUCCAGAAUUGCUUUUUGCUUAAAUACGCACAAUGAGGCAGUGAAAGCUUUGAGGUUUCCUCCCGAUGCCCACAAGAAAGAGCUUGAAAGUGCUGAAAAACGUCGUGAACGUCAACAACAAGAGCAGGAACUUGCGAAGCACAUUGCUGAAGAGGACGAUGACGAGUUUUGAAGAAAGGAUUGCCAAAGCUGUGACCUGCCUCAGGCCAUAAAUGCAACUGGUCAUUGUCGUCCUCACUGAAGAUUAGUGUCUUCUACCAGUGCACUAAACUUCCAACGGAGAGAGUCAUCAAUUUCUUUCCUGAAGUCAAUUUUUGCCUCAAGAAGGACCAUCUUGGUAGUAGUGUACUAGCUGAGAGGUACCGCUGUCUGGAGAUGGGAGAUGGUAAGUAUUCUUCCAGAGCUAGGAUGUGAGCAUCAUUGUUGGGUUCAAUUUUCUUCCUGUAGCGACGUAAAAUUUCAAUUCUGUGAAUGCAUGACGUAUGGGACUUCAAGUUUGAUGAAAGCUUGUGUUCAGUUUCCCGAUUUGAAGUACUUGAAGUAUUUCAAAAGUGGAUUCCAAAAGAAUGGCUGUAGACUCCCCUACUUACGCAUGAUGCCGAAGAAAUAUUGAUCUGUCCAUCCAAUCAUCUGUCUCGGGCCCUGUGGGACGCCGGUUGACUCUCAGAAUCACUUAAUGUAGAUACAAUCUGCCAUGUACAAGCUUUUACGUAGUAAUGGUGAAACGAAAUCUGUCAUGUGGUAUCAUCUCAUGCUUUCAGGUUGACGUAUGUAGCCCUCGUAUGCUAGUUCCAUCAGCACUAGCAACUUGUACUGAAGACCGUAGCGGUUUCUCAGUUGUGGAUGAGAUACCAGCUCCAUAAGUAAUUUGUCAUUUGAAGCAGAAUGUUGAAAAUUUGAGGUGCCUAUGUUACUCUUGUUCUCAUUUCAGUCGAAGUUUGGAGGAAAGACUAGGUGGAGCAACGAUUUACUUUUGUGAGAAGUAUGAGGAUUCCUUCAUCAGAUUUAUGAUUUGAAAAGCUGAACGAAUAUGAUGUGAGGAUGAACUGGAGGCGUCGAAAGAUUCAAAGUUUGAGGAUUAUAUCCAGGAUGGGCCACAAGGUCAUUGUAACAUUGGUCUCAAUAUAAGG